CUCUGAGGGACGCAGAUAGUAGCGGUGCCGUAACAAGCAGCCUGCAAGCGUUGCUGGCUCUGCCUGUGUCUGUAAGGUCCUUGCAGGGCUGGGGAAUGCAGCACCCUGCACUCGCUAUGCCCCUCCGCCGUCUAGCGCUGGAGUUGGCUGUCAGAGAAACCUUCAAGGUCCCCUGCUUAGCCCUGGUAGUGUCAUGAGUUAGAUUAGUUGGAGCUGUGCUGGGGGCGGUGAGGGCUUGGAUUACAGUCCAGAACUCAAAGUGCUUUGGUGGUUCACGUCGGAGGGGAAAGGAGACGCCCCGUCGCACACAUGGAGGAAAAAGAGAAAAAACACUCCCUUUGGAAGUGAGGGGGAAUAAAGGAGGCCGGCAACAUGGACUCGGAGUCCCUGGAUGGUUGCAUUCAGAGUACGUUAUCAGCACUCUACCCUCCGUUUGAGGCUACCGCAGCCACUGUUCUGUGCCAAGUUUUUGAUGUGGUGGAGAAGACGUACCGUGGGGAUGGACUGCGCUACCUCAUAGACUUCCUGAUUCCAGCCAAGCACAUCCUGCAGUGCAUUCAGCAGGAUGCCUGUGUUCAGUACUGUGGCUUGCUGUUUCGCCAUGAGGGCUGGCCCCUAUGUAUUCAUGAGAAGAUUGUAGUCCAGCUGGCUUCCAUUGACUGGCGAAUCUUGAAGCCUGGUGACUUCUACCUGCAGGUGGUCCCCUAUCUGAAGAAGUCUCCACGAAUUGUAUUGAAAUGUUUGGCAAAAGACAAGCAUAAUGUAGAGGAAGUUGUGAUUCCAGAAGUUUCUUAUACCUCUAUUUUUACUCUGGAAUGGUUGAGUACUUUCAAUGGAGAGCGAAUGGGUAUAGCACUGGAAAAUUGUUUACUAACCACUGAUGAUGAAAUAUUUCGCAUCCCCUGGGAUAAAGUGGUUAAUCCUGAAUUUAUAAAUAAACCAAAAAUAAUUGAAAACAAUAUAAUCUCACCAGAAAUAGCAGAGGAACGUUCAAUUUUGUGCCUCCCCAUGGACCAUGCUGAGUCCAGUUCACCAGACCUAGGAUCUCAGUAUCUACAGGAACAAAGUCCAAAUCGAAACAACCUGGUCACUAGCAGCACAGCUCCUCAGUUAAGUGAAGCUCUUGUCAAUGGUGUCUGUACAAGUCCUGUGCCUCAAGAAAACUUGAAAAGUGAACUUGAAGGGGAGUAUGUUGAGCUGACCGAAGUUUCAUUGCCCAGGUUUGGGCCACAGACAGGCUCUUUAACCCAAUCACUAGCUUUAAAUUAUCUAACUCAGCCCAGAACACGAGCGAAUGUGUCUAAAAGCAAGCACAGGUUUAUUGUCAUUCAAGACAGUACCUACUCCAAGAACUUAAUUCAGUCAGCACUUAUGCAGAAGGAGCACUGUCAAAUGGACACUCUGAGGACUUCUUCUACGGAAGUUCUCAAAAAUGUAAUUCCAUUGGAAAGCAACAAAAUGAUGGCACAUGGAGAAGUGUAUCCAGAAGGUCAGCUGAUAUCAGGUGGUCCUGGAAACAUGGGGAAUAGCUUUCCUAUGGCUGAGUCUCCUGCCUGCAGUGCAGAAGAUUCAUCUGCAGAGCAGGAGACCCGCAGCGAACACUCAAUCGACUGGCGAUACGCACUGUGCAGCUACAGCGACGUGUGUGCUGGAGAUGGUGUCAACUGUAAAGCACAAAUGCCUGGUGCUCCUGGAAACAUGGAACAAGAAAGUGAUGGUCCUAGCAGAAGUCCUGGUGUUGAAACAUCAGAGCAGAGCCCAGAAACAAUUCUAGAUGCUACUGCUGCUAAAGAGGAUGCGAUACUGAGAGUACAUGGAGAACCACUGACCGAGGGUCAAAAUGAGGUGACAGAGAUGGAUGCUUCUCCUGUGUCUGUCCUAGGGCCUUUGGGACCACACUGCAUACUGAAGGAAGGUUCUGAUAUUUCUUGCCAGAGUGUCAGUGAAAGUGGCACACCAGUCCAGGCCACUACAUUGCUUAUCAUGCCUGAGAGUUCAGAUGUAGGUGUGGAGAGAGGCUCUCCUUCAGGGAAUGCAGCAGAUGUAGGAGCAGUCGGUGCUUGCUGCAGUGAUCAGGAGGCAAAUCUUAGUUCUCCAUUAAGUCCUCCAGAACAGAACCAAGGAGAAGUAGAUGAAUUUGAGCUGGGAAGAAGGGACAGCCCAGAGGAAGUCAAAGAGAUUGAACAAAUAUUGACUGUAAGUGAGAAUCAGACUAGUCAUAGUCACUGUUCUGUCAAAGCUCCUACAAAGGGUCUCUUGUCAGAUGGUGAAGAGCAAGAGGUCUCUGCCUGUCAGCAUAAGAAACCUGAAGAAGCCAUACUACUCCAAACUGCUUUGUCAGCAGCGGGUGAUCAGAUGGCAGAACAAUUAAAUAACAGUGACUCUUUGAUGGGCCCUGAUGCGCAAGCAGAAGGCUCAAGUCAAUUCAGAACCCAGAGGUCUGGAGAGAGGUGUGAGGAGCCACAAAGGAGGGUAGAAAACCAGGGCUGUAAAAAUGAAGGGAACUCUGUGUUGAACCCAGAGCAUGUUGCAGUAGAGGACUUGCAGGGAGGGGAGGAGAACCAGGAGAGUUUUUCUUACGGAGAAAAGUCAAAGACUAUAGCCCUAAAAACACUGGAAUCCAUUGAAGAGGAACUGGAGGUUGGACCACUGUCCUCAGGACCUGCUGAGGGGCAUACAGAGCCCACCACUCUGCACUCCCACAAAGAGGCAGCUUCUAGGGCAUCAUCUUCUAAAGGGAUGGUGUCAGAAGGGGCAGAGACGAGAAAAGAAGCAACUGGCACAGAUGUGUUGAAACCAGUGAGUAAAGUCAGUGCUCUGGAGGAAACCUCAACAGCUAUUACUCCCCCGACAUCCCCAGCUUCUGGGGCUGCCUGGGGUGGUAGGUCUGCACCUACCAUAGUCAAGGAUGUAAAUCCAGAAGUGCUCAGGAGUGGAGUUGCCUGCCUGCCUGGUACCAGAGAUAAAUCAGGACGUGCAGUAGCCAUAAUAACAACAAGGAACACAGCCUGGUUAAACCCACACUGCAAUACCACUGAGCUUGUACGCCUUCUUCUGUACUUGCAUAGCAUCCCAAGACCAGAAUGUCAGGCUUUGGGUCUAACUGUUCUUGUGGAUGCUCGUCGCUGUUCACCAGUUCCUGCUCUCUUCAAGGCGUUCAGCAUAUUGCAGGACAUAGAUCCUCAUUGUAUUCAUGGAGUACUGCUUCUGGUUGAAAGAGAUCCGACGUUUCGGAUGGAGAAGCCACCAGCAGGGCAGUUUGAACUUCUCACCUCCAUGAAAUCCCUCCAUAAGCACAUAGACAGCUCACAGCUGCCUCUAGAACUGGAUGGGACCUUCCCUUACUGUCACCGGGACUGGUUAAGCUUCCGCAUGAAGCUGGAACAUUUGUUACAAGGAUGCCAAGGUGCUUGUGCCUUCCUCCAGGGAGCUAUUCAUAAAGUGGAACAUGGAAAAUUACCAGAAAGAGCUGAGGAGGCAGCUGUGCUGCUGAGGAAUUAUAGGCAGUUGAUGAAGAAUGUUCUUGAAGACGCACGGCUAGUCAGGCUGCAGCUGGAGGGUGGAGCACUCCUGGCCAGACUGAGGAAGGAGGAGUCUUGUGUCACCCUCACCCAUGACUACAGAGACGCACUUGAUGCUGCCAGCGUGCUUUAUAAUCGAGUUGAUGAGGGUGUUCACCGACUGGUGAUGCUGUCAAACAAACGCAUCCAGGAACUGGAGCUGGUGAUGGAGUUCGAGAAAGUGGAAGAGUGUUUUAAGGAGGUCAGCAGUUGGAUCGAGAAUGUUGGCAGAAAACGGCUAAAGGAAACGAUCAACCUGGAUGAUUCUUUGGAGAUGCUGCUUCAAGCACAAAAACAGUUCAGGGAGUUUGAUCUUGUUGCCAGUGAAUAUUGCAAAAGAGGGCAGGAAGCACUAAAGAAGAUGGAUCGAUGGGAAGACUUUUCCUCUGUGGAUGUACAUUCUUACAGGGUAAAGCUGCAGACCUACAAAGAUCAACUGGAGGAGUUCUGCACUGAACUGGAUGAAAACAGGCACCGAAUCUGUGAGACGGUCAGGCUGUAUGAAUUCUUUGACAAGGCAUACGAGUGGGCCUUGGAAGGGAUGCGACACCUUGCCUGCAUCAGCAUGGAGGACUGCAGCUCUGCCGAACACUGUGCAGGUGUGAUCAAGUGCCUGGAGAGUUACAAGGGGCAGCACCCAGACAUCAGCGAUGCCCGGUUCCAGGAGAUGAAGGAGCUGGCCUGCGAGCUGAAGAGUGACAAGGGACUCAAGCAGUGGAAAUUUGCAUGGUCCAAAUGCCAGGAGACCAAGCUGGUUUUUGAAAAGAAACUCGAAGCAGCCUUGAGAACAAGGAAGUCUCUGCUGUCAGACCACAAACCAGCUGCAGGGGAGCAGCCCCGGGCUGGCAGUGAGGCUGGCAGUCUGUCCCACCGGAGGCACUCUGAGGGGGCCACCUCCGGGUCCCACUGGGACAGGACUUGCAGCGUGUCCCACUGCUACAACAGGCCCAACUGCUCUCUGGGUUGGACUAAGGAGAAAGCUCCCUCGCCCUCCCUGAGCUGCCCUGGCGAUGUCAGUGCUGGGGAAGAAUUUGCCUGCCAAACCGCUCUCAGCCCUGGUCCUCACUUGAGCAGAGUUUCUUUUGCCAGCGGGGCCUCCAAGUCUCCAAAGCUGCCUGAAGAAAAGUCAAACCUGGAGAGCAUAUUGGAAACCCUGGAGGUGAAGCCAUCCUGCACAUCCACUCCAGCCUCUGGGAAGCUGCCCCCCAGGAGGAUGCUCAGGAAGGCCCAAAGCUUUGACCUUCCGUGUGGUGAGAGCCUGUGGUCAGGCUGCCAGAGGACGCUGAGCGAGCCGGCCAGAUACGGCAAUACUGGCGUCUUUAUUAAGGGGCUGGAGGUGAGCAGCACUGAGCUGGUGGACAGGACUUUCGCGCUGCGGCAGCAAGCUGCUCACAGCUGGGCUGCAGACUGCCUGCUGGAGGGACAGAGGGGCUGCCUCUCCGUGUUGGAAGCCAAGAGCUGGGGCAGCAAGCUGCGGCACAUCAUUGAUGAGAUGGUAACCACGGAACGGGAAUACGUGAGGUCGCUUUGCUACAUCAUCGAUAGCUACUUCCCUGAGAUGGAGCGCCUCGACCUCCCCCAGGACCUGCGUGGGAAACGCAGUGUCAUUUUUGGGAACCUGGAGAAACUCUAUGACUUCCACAGCCAGUACUUCCUGCGAGAGCUUGAGAGCUGCUGCAACCACCCGCUGCGGGUCAGCCACUGCUUCCUCCGACAUAAAGACCAGUUUGGGAUGUACGCAUUGUAUAGCAAGAACAAGCCAAAGUCUGACUCGCUGCUGGCCAGCCAUGGGAAUACCUUCUUCAAGUUCAAACAGGUGCAGCUUGGAGAUAAGAUGGACCUGGCCUCCUACCUGCUGAAACCUAUCCAGCGGAUGAGCAAAUACGCCCUGCUCCUGAAGGACCUGAUCAAGGAGUGCAGUGAGGCACAAGAGCAGGAGCUGGGCUACCUCCGUGCAGCUGAGGAGAUGGUGAAGUUUCAGCUCCGGCACGGAAAUGACCUGCUGGCCAUGGAUGCCAUCCGUGACUGUGAUGUGAACCUGAAGGAGCAGGGGCAGCUGGUGCGGCAGGAUGAGUUCACCAUCUGGCUGGGCCGUAGGAAGUGCCAGCGACACGUCUUCCUCUUUGAGGACCUGAUCCUGUUCAGCAAGCCCAAGAGGAUCGAGGGUGGCUUUGAUGUGUAUAUCUACAAGCGCUCCUUCAAGACUGCAGACAUUGGUCUGACGGAGAACUCUGGAGACAGUGGCCUGCGCUUUGAGAUCUGGUUCCGAAGGCGGAAGUCCAGUGACACCUACAUCCUCCAGGCCAGCUCAGCUGAGACUAAGCAGGCCUGGACCAGUGACAUUGCCAAGAUCCUGUGGCAGCAGGCAGCCCGCAAUAAAGGUGUGAUUCCUUCCCGGGGCGUCUGUGCCGCAAAAGAAAUCCGUAUGCAGGAGAUGGUCUCCAUGGGUGUGGGCAACAAGCCAUUCCUCGAUAUCAAACCUAGCGAGGCAGCUAUCAAUGACCGUGCUAUCGAUUACAUCAUGAAAGGAAGAGGCGCCAGGACCAGAGCAUCAAUCGCGGUGUCUCUGUUUGACCAUUCCAACCCGUACAAGAGGACACAAGCGCAGCUCUCCACUGGCAGCACCCCUGCUGCAUACAGCCCUUCCUCCUCUUCCCUGCUGGGGCCCCUCAACCUCCACAUGUACCUGGACCAGGCUCUGCUGCCAGGCGUCCUGGCCCCCAGCCGCCCCUUUGACAUUGGCACCUGCAUCGAGGAAGACGAGCUGGAGCACGAGACAAGCAGCCAGCCAUCACUGACAACAGAGAGCUCGGAGUCAUCGCACUGCAUGUCAGGCAGUGGCUCCAGUGGCUCCGACAGUGGCUGUGUCUCCAGCAUCCCACAAGAAAGCUUCUGUGAAGACGUGGGCUCACCCCCCUACACGCCCCUAGGCUCACAACACAGCUCUGCGAUGGAGGAGAAACCCAGGUUCACAAACAGCCAGUACAUUUCUGCUGUAAGUGCAAGUGGCCAAAAUACUCUCUUCGCUUUGCCUGUUCCUGCAGCUGCCUCCCCGGUUCAAGCCGCUGCCUCUCAUGGGGGGACUGAAGAUGCUGCUUUUGGGCUAGGGGUCACUGUGGGGAAGUGACCUUUCCUCUUGCAGAGAUUCGCCUCCUCUGGAGCAGGCGAAAGCCCCUCUGCUGUGAGAGCCUCCCCUGUGGUGGCCAAGACCCCCGAGGAGAUGCUCUGGAAAGGACCUGCAGUGCUGGAGGAUGCACCAGGAGGGGAUGCUGCACACACAGGAGCUAUAAUGCUGUCAUGGGCCAGGGUACAUAAGUAACCUCCUGGGACAGAUGGAGCUCUGCUGCAGAUGCUGCUAAGCUCCUUUUCUGGGAGGUUUGGGCGCCUGUCGCUCUGAGAUGCCAGUGUGUCUCCUCUUAACGUUCCUGAGAGUUCUCGGCUGCUUCCCUUCCCACUAGAUUGUGUCCUGAUGCUGUUGUCCUCUAACCCUGUACUAAUGCUGGCUUCUCUCCUCCGCAGAAAGCAGGCCAGGUCACCAUAAGUCCCUCGACAAUAGUGUGAGCCCCUCUGCACACGUAUACCGCCUAAGGAAGUGGAGUUGCUGUAAGUAGCCCCUGAAGGGGAUUUUCCAGCAGCUCUGAGUGCUCGUCAGGUUUGUCAGUAGCUCUGAGUCAGAAGGGCCUCAGCCUCUGCUUCUCGAUGAGAAGUUUUCCACGUGAUUUUCUGACCGGUCUCUGGGGCUCUGAUUCAUCUACUUAGAGGAGACCAGCUCCCACAGAGCCAGCUCCCAUAGAGCCAUUGCCUUCCACAGCCAGUCUGACGCCUCCCUGGUUUGAAGAAGCAGAAGCAAAACAAGCCAAGUCACUUUCAGGUAGCAGAGGCUCGAGCACCACCUAGUCAUCGGUGUUCAGAUGAGCUUCUUUCCUCUGAAUGCUGCCCAGCUGUCUAACCACUAAUCUGUUUCUUGUGGCUGUUUGCCGAAAUCCUGCUCUUUGUUAGUCCCUUUGAACUGCCUUGGGGAAUCCACAGUAUUCUCCCCCCUGCUGAAUUUAUCCCACAGUUUCCUUUGAACCUCCAAAGGAAACUGCACAUCACCAGGCAGAGGAACCUGCUAGGUGAUGGUCAGGAUGUCCCAAGGGAGCUGGAGGAUGCCUUGUCUGCAAGGAAACUGGUGUUGAACUGAGGAGGGGUGAGCCCUGGCAAGACUUGCAGCCAACUGGGGCUUCCUGUGUGGGUGGCAGCCCUUGGGAAGUCAUGUCACGGCCCACCCAAACUGGCCUGCUUCUGGCUCAGCUUUUUCCUCUCUGGCCUUAGGCCUGAGCCUCCCUUUCCCCAGGGAGCAAAGGGGUAGGAAUGUGAGAGAGGCAGGACUAGGGCUUGAAGAGUCAAGGCCCAGGGUGGUAGAUGGCUCAUGGGUUUGGCACUGUGGGGGUGUUAACAAGCACGUGAGCCCACGGCUUGUGAUCUGCAGGUACAGGAGUUCAUAACCAGCUGAACAGCACCAGCCAAGGUUAAAAUUUAAGAUCCAGAGCCCCUUCUGGCAGGGGGGGACAGUCAGAGACAAGACUUAUUGAAGUGGGCUCAGAAGCAGUGGGGUUUGCUGGCCCGCUGCUGCUGGGACAGCAGCACGUAGCCUUUGGGUGAGUCCUGAGGUGCAGAGGCAGCCCUCCGCAUGGGGGAAGAGCUGCGCUUCUCCUGCGAGGCUCUUCCAGUAAAGCGUUCUUUCCCCACCAAAAUGCAGCUCUGACAAACAGUGGUUUUCAAGCCUUUUGCAAAAUCGCUGCUGGCCAGGACAGAACGACCUGCCAUGUCACAGGAGUGCAGCCAGUCUAACCCAUUGCACGGUGCUGUGUUCCAGGUUUGAUUGCCAUUUCAAACUCCCUGAAGACCCCAGGCCUCUGACCAGCAGAAGGAGACAGUCUUCACUCGCGAAGAUAGAGAGAGAGAGAGAGAGAUUUUUUUUUUUUUUACACAUAAUCAGCCUCUUUCAAACAGCCCAAAACCUGACCUCUGGCUGGGGUGAAGUCCCAAGAAGGUUUCUGUCAACUACACGUAAUAGAUUUGGUGUUGGAUCGGACCUUGGGCAUUCAAAAUUUGUUAGCCCUAUAUUUAUGAGUAAUAAGUAACAUAACAGUUUGGGAAAAAAAGUAUUAUUUUUAAAGCUAUGAGCUGUACAGAUUUUUGUUACGAGUGACUCUGUUACUAUUUGUUCUGUAAGCUGCACAUUUUAUAAAGUUUUUGGAAGGGCAUGAAGAGAAACUGAGGUAUUUAAGAGAAGUAGUGUAACUUUCUGUUUCAGGGUUAUAUUGACCUGGAGCUUAAGAUUUAACGUCCUUCCUUAUGUUCUAAAUAUGUCUAUCAUAGCAAUAAUUUAUUUUCUUGGCUUAACACUUCUGUUUUAAUAAAAGCAAUUUCAUUGUUACAGUGAAUCGUUUCUUCAGAUGAUUCUACCAGUGCCUCACUGCUGAGCUUAUCUCUGUCUUAACCACCUGUCAGCUCUUCCCCUCUCCCCAUGCAAUUUCUGCACUAACCAACUGCCAGCUAAACCCUGUAAAUCCCGAGUGCGUUCCCCAGGAGAAGGGGAAGAUCCCCAGGUGGAGACUUCCCAGACACCAGUGGGAAGGCUGAGGCAGAGCAGGGAGUCGUCCACAGAGCAGCCAGCAGAGACCUGGCAGGGCAUGAAGAAGAGUGAGCUGUCUGCCAGAGGUCAGGAGGUACAAGUCUCCAAAGUUCCUGCCUUUAAUUUAAGCCAGUUACCCGGCAUAGCUGCUGUCCCAGCAGCAAGUCUCCCUCUGUCUCCCUGCUGGGUCAGGUUCCAGUGGCAGUGUUCAAACUCCAGCAUGCCUUGUCCCAGUGGCCAGGCUGUGACCCAGGCUUUGGGGUGACAGGGGCUGGCUGCUUGCUUUGCCUCAGGGGUACUUCAGUCCCACUGUCGUGGCUUGUUUGAGGAGCUUUGGGUGGCGGCGGCAUGCGAGACCAACACGUUUGGAGUGUUAAUGGGUUGACUAUAACGCUGACCCUUAAAUGCGUGGUGUCUGAAGGAGCACAACGUCACUGGAGGACAAAUGUGCCCUGUGUUCUAAGGUGGCCUAUUCCUGAGUAACAUCAAAGCUCAGGGCAUGGCUGUGACAACCUCUCCCUGUUCUUGGAGGAAAGGAGAAGUAGCAUUUUUUGGAAACCAUAGUUAGUUGCUGCCAAGCCUUCUGUUUACUCCUGGUUUAUGAAGUGUUGUAAAUUGGGCUCCCCCAGGUGUGUGAGCAGUGGUGUCACAUCCAGCCUGAGAAGAAGAUGGAGCAGUAACUUAUUUUAACUGCAGUUUUUUCCUCGUAGCUGCUGGGGCAGGGGAGCUGCUGGGCCCUUGACAGGGCUUGUGCUGUAGUCUCAUACCUACCCGAGUUACCCUCAACGUACCGACCAUGUUCCUUCAAGUUUGGGAAUUCCUGUACUGUACAUAAAACACUUGUUUAUUUUUAAUAAGCUGGAUGUUCUUUAAACCUUGUUCUUUUUUUAGACAGCAAAGAGAACACAGGUUGACACCUUUAUACAAAAUGGCGUGGGAAACAGUUGCACAGGGAAGAUUUUAGAAGUUACUGUUUUGAAAUAAUUGCUGAGUUAAUGCAAGAUUUUGGGGCUGUCAGGACAGCAAUAGCUCGUGUCACGAGGGAGAGUAUUUACUAAUGCAACAAGAGGAACAUGAAACUUGCUGAAUUUCUCCGUUUCGAAGGUUUCUGCAUUGCUGGAAAAACCUUUAGUAAUGUUUACCUGACACUGUUUUUUCAGGGUUUGAUUGAUUUGUCUAAUAAAAGUUAUUUUCUUUAUAUGAA